AUUGUUGUCAAAUUUUGACUGAUAAUCAUACAAUCUGUGAAUAUAUUUUAGAAAAAAUGGCAAUUUUUGGAACUUAUGUUGCGCUAUUGGUCGCUGCCUGGGGAAUGCAGAUAUGUCCUCGAUUGUAUAUUCCUAUGGGUGAAUAUACCCUCAAACUUAAGAUAUCCAGCAUAUCGUCGGCGUUUAUAGAGGCCAACGUGUAUACCCUAUAUACGAUGCUGAUUCUGAUGCUGCCCUCAAGGAUGUUUACAAACCAAAGGCAAUGGAACUUAAAAUGGGUCUUUGUGAUGCCCUACAUUAUGCACUAUAUGACCAGUCUUUGGAGCACUACGCAAAAUGUAAGGGAUCUUAUGAUUAAACCACCCAUGUAUAUGAUCGAGAAUUAUGGGUACUUACACCUAAGAAUGACCCUGCUUUGUGGACUGCAGCUGCUGGCAAUGGUGGAAAUCGUUUUUAUUUUAUUUUAUAGCCUGAAAAAAGGGCCUCAGCUGUGGGCGAACUGAAAGAAUGGGAUCGUCAAGAGGCGAUGCAAAACCCAGUGGCUGUAAGAUGUAAGACUAAAGCACCUUCCACUUCGCCAGCUCCUUUCAACAAUUAGUACCGGAUUAUUUGAUUAGCUCGCUAAUUGCCUUGUCCUCAACGCCGCACCAAAUAAAUUGUAUGAACACUUAUUUCUUAUCAGCGGCAAUAAAGGCGAGCCAAGCGGGAUUAAAGCCAACUCGUUGGCGCAGGAUUACAAGUCCUGCGGCGAAAACUUGAGCCGAAACUUUCGACACUUCUUCGCGGCGGUGGAAAUUGCGGAAAACUUCUUAACUUUUUAACCAACGGCGAACACAACACUUGUCGUGGCGCGUGCGAUAAGCCAGCGUCGCCUUUUUAAUUGCGCAAAGUCCUUGGGACUUCAGCCGGCCCAAAGGACUCUUCCCUU